GCUGAAUUGGCAAAAGAAGUGGAAAUUCUCUUGCCAGGAGAUGGGAUCCUGCUUAGGAUAUGAGAAUCCCCUGUGGAAAAGUUUCUCCUGGUCUUAGGGUGUGGGUUCCCUUUCUUUCUGAAAGUGCUUAGUAGUCUUACAUCCUUAUGGCCUUAGAAUGUAGUCAGAAUGUCAACUGAGCCAAAAGCUAGAGACCAUGGUGAGUGUAGCCAAGCAGUUAAGCAACGUCUGACGAAGCAACACCCAGCGGGGUCCAGUGGAACAGCAUCCAGGAACUACAUUUAUCUAAAGAGAUCAUAUUUGAUGAAGUUCAGCUAUCCAAAGAAACAGGUUCAUUAAUGAAUGCAAGUAGUGGUAACUCAAGCAAGGAAGAUGCCACCAGCAUCAGUGCUGUUUCCACAAGAUCUGUAUCUGAUGGACAGAAAAUCUUGUCUGAAAUCCAAGAGGAUGUGGCUAAUAUCCAAGAAUCUCUAGAGGAAGACGGAGAUUAUUUUAGAGAUGAGCCUUCAAGAGAUGAAGGCUAUUUCAUGUCACUAGCUUCUCUGCCAAGCAACCUCCAACCAAAGAAGAAUGUUCUGGAAAAUAUCAGAGGUGCCAAGAACAACAUCAGAAAACUCUUGUACCAGCUCUAUGAAGCAAUUGAAUUGACUUGUCAAAACAAGCAAGGUUCUGAGGGUCAGCAGAAUUACCAUAAGGCCUUAUUUGAGCUGUGGAUCAACUGGAGUAAGAGCCUGUCCAAAAAUGUGGAUGAUACACAGCUCGUGGAAGCCCUGACUCUGGACAUGUUCCGUAGCAUUUCCCUGAAAUUACAGUCGGCCUUCAUGGACCUCAUGCCUAAAGUCCAAGGUCUCCCAAGCAGCUUACAAGACAAGCUCCAGCAGGCCUGUUAUGACAUGCAGGGGCUUCAUAUCACCUUUUCCCUAUGUGGUGGGUUUGAAGAUCUAGACAAGCAUUGUUUGACACAGAGCCAGUUUAAGCUGACUCAAGCCCAGGGAAGUAUAGAAAAAUUAUAUUGUUUCUUAGAGGAUAGUAUUCCUUCUAGUUGGAUUGUAGGACCCCUUUUCCCCUCUGAAUAUCCCUUAUUAGAGGGGGCGACACUCCGUGCUGAGUGUUCAAGUCAUGGCAAACUUGAAGCCAAGACUGCAGGUUGGGAUGGUGCAGACAGCUGGCUCAGCAGGAAAAACCUUGAAAAGCCAGGGGGCCAGGACUUGGUCCCUAGGGAGUUUAGACCUAGAAUUUAG